CAUGAGGAGAGCGCACGUUGCCGAACGCGGAGCGCCUUCACAGAGGCUCGGACAGGUUUCCACCCGCGUGGACGAAGGAGGGCGGCCGGGAUCCGGAAACCAAGGGCUGAGUUCACGUGCGACAAGGUAGACAGACUGUUGAAGAAGUGGAACAGCAGAAGAUUAAAUGAAGGCGCGUCGUGGACGGAGUUUCUGAGCACGGACGGAAGAGACAGAAACCGCUCGGAGGGGAAGUGGAGACGGAGGCAAACUGAAGGAAGAACUGGUCUUCAGAGGAGGAUUCAGUCACGCAAAAAAAGAGAAGGCAGGAAAAACGUGGCCAAGCAUGCGAGAGGAGGAGCAGCUGAGUGAUGACCACCCCGAGGAAGGAGUGGUUUCCCGUGAGGACACUGUGGGGAGACCUCUUUCCAACACCUGUCCGGUCGUCGUAGCAACGCCGGGGGUCGUCGGGCGAAAGCGACAGCUAACCUCGCACAUGGAGGACCGCCUCGCGGUCAGUCCCACCACGCCUGCCGACGACGGCAAAGUCAAGCCGGGGAGCGACGUCCAGAUCUACACUGCGAAAAAACUCAAGAGGAGCCCCCAGCACCGGUCGCCUUCCUCGGGCCCGUCGCUGUCGCCCGUCCCCGGUCCCAGCCCCGGAGGGCUCUCGUCGCUCGAGGACACCCACGCACAGAGGGUCAUCGCCAACAUAAGGGAGCGCCAACGGACACAGUCCCUCAAUGAGGCGUUCGCCUCGCUGCGGAAGAUCAUCCCGACGUUGCCGUCCGACAAACUCAGCAAGAUCCAGACCUUGAAGCUGGCGUCGCGCUACAUUGACUUCUUGUACCAGGUUCUGCAGAGUGACGAGAUGGACUCCAAGCUCGCCGGAUGCAACUACCUGGCCCACGAGAGGCUGAGCUACGCCUUCUCUGUCUGGAGGAUGGAGGGCGCCUGGUCGACUAUGUCUGCCGGUCAUUAGCUUUAGAGAAAUUAUUUCAAAUAUGACGAAAUCCUCACAACAGGGAAAUAUUUUUACAUUGACCGAGGAGAUGAUCAAACUGUGUGCGCUGAGCGGCAGACUCCAGUAUCUACCACUUCAUGUUGUAUCAGUGUUUGACCUGCAGUGAAAAGACUCAGAUUUGAGUUGAUUUGGGGGUGGAGGUGGUCUUUCCAUUGUCAUCCAGCCACGCAUCUGAUGUACCGAUGGACUGUUGUGCUGUUGCUGCUCUGCUUUGUGGAAAAGCGGUUGUUCCCCCUCACGAGUGUCAGUGGAGGUGUUCAGAAACCCCAUCAAGGUAGAUGUGAGUGUGUUAGGUUCUGUCUUUCAGAACAUGUGUGUUCUGUUUACAUAAAUCAGGAGAGGUGAGAGAAACACAGCUGGUCCUCAUUCAGCUUUCGUUCAGUCCCUCGACCUCGCGGUUCAGGACUCCCUGUCCCGAACCGCAGCAUCCACGUGACCCCGCGGCCCAUUGUGCUGGAAGCCCUCUGACCCCUCCGCUCUCUCAGGUUGUGAAGCUUGACAGCUGCUUUCAGCUGCUUUAUCGCUUUGACUCGCUGAUCCUCAGCGGUGAGAUAGGUGGGCCCACCAUCAGAGCGUUUUAGUCGAGGAAGUGUACACGUUUCGGGAGAAAAGCGGGAGCUGUAGAAAGGCUGAGGAGGACUAGAGACAGGACUGGAAAGACAGAAUGUGGAUGUUUUGAAGGCAUGUUGGACCUUUGACUUUUCCAGACCCUUUCAACUCCUACUUUUCCAAGACUCCUGACAUUUUAUGUAUCCCCGACCACCUCUGAACCUGAGUGGCGGUGGAAAAAGACGCCGCGGGCAGCCGCCGUCUCUCCUGCCUGAAGUUUCUCCUCCACACGCCAAAAGAACCCUCGCCCCUUUUGUUUCUUCUGGUGCCAAAAAAACCUCUCCUCUUAAAAUUCUUUCCUCUCGUUCUGGCCCAGAUUCGCUUGCGUUGCACGAAACGGUGAUACAGUGGCGGCACGCUGACGAGGAGGAGUAAUGAAAACAAACGGCCUCCAAAAAGCCAUGAAUCAUGCGUGUCGCCAUCAAAGGGGAGGCUGAUGUGGCUCCCUGCUGGGCUCCCAUAAACCACUGGGAGUGAUGGAGGAGGUGAGAGCUGAUUUAUACACAAAAAUGUGCACAUAUAGGUACAACUGUGUGCAUGCACACACACAAAAAGCCCUUUCCUAAUGAAUUGGAGUUUGAUAAAAAAAAAAAACCUAAAUAGAGUUUUCAUCUAUCAAAGUGAUUAAACAAAAUCCACAUAAAUAAAAAAAGCACCACCUGCAAGCUUUAACUCAAGCAGACGUCGUGUUGUUUUGGUUCCAACUCACAUCCAUGACCAAUCAUUUCUUCCCUCAUUGCCAGAAUGCAGCAGAGAGCAGCAGCCUAUCAUUAGCGUGUCGCGGGGAGGCGGCUAAUGUUUCCAGCUCCUGUGAAGUCCUUUACCCACAGUCCCACAGUCAGCACAGUGUGGUCUCGUGAGGCUAAACUCCACCGACACGCUAAAAGACACUUGACAUUUAAAAAGAAUUCUGUUCCGGGCCAGAACUGAAGGGAUCGGUGUGUUUUUCUACGUAGCCUGAGGGAGGCUAGGCUAGCACAGGGGAACGGAGUCCGUUAUGUUCUAUAGACUCAUUAAAUUCAACGUGCUCUCGUCUGGUUUUCCUCCUGGGGAACUAUGUCAGUGUUCGUUGCCUUUUUUCUGUUUUCAGAUGUACUGGGUGUCCGGGUCGGCUUCUGUCAGGGAUCGCCACGGUAACGUGUCCAUCAGUUCUGUCCUUCCAGUCGCCCUGAUCGCCAUCUUUCUCUGAUACAGGUGGAAACUGGAUUCAUGAAGGAAAAAUCACCUGGCUCUGAAUUAAGGAUUUAAUUAACCCCUAAAAUGUUAGAAAAUACCUUGAGAUCAAAAAAGACUCUUUUGUGAUUGAAUCAGAAAAAAAAAAACAUUUUAUGGGUCAUUAUUAGACAUAGUUUUUCUCCUAUGUAUAAAAUAAAUUCGGGAAGGGGUUUCAGAGAAUUCAAAAUGUAUUUUCAUUUAAAACUGCUGAAUUAACAGCAAAACAUGACACAAUUUUUUCCGAAUUAAUGGGAUAAAUAUGUUUUCAUUUUUUGAGAUGAAUUUAUAUUACAAUAAUGGGAAAAUAUUUUGGAUAAAAUAUGAUUAAAUGAAAAAUAUUCCAGUGAUUUCCUGAAUUAAGAACAUAUUGUGUUUUUUUUCAGGGAAUGAAUUAAAAAUUGAGAGCUUUCUUACAAGGAAAACAUGGUUUACUGUGUUCUUCUGAAUUAAGAUGAGUUCAUGUUGAAAUCAACCCUUUUUGUGAUCAAUUUUUCUGAACAAAACUAUUAUUAUGGGUUCAGUUUUUCACGUUUAACUAAAUGCAUUCAUGUUGGAAAUAUGUUUUUUUAUUUCUGUUCUUCUGAUGUGAUAAAAACAAAGUCUAAAAAUGAAAUUUUCUAUGUUUUCCAAAUUAGUGAAAACCUUUUUU